AUGUAUUUUAAUCGUUAUCCCGUAAUGCGCAAACGAAUUUUUCGGUGUUUAAUAAUAUUUGCGUAUUUCGUCGAUUCGCAAUCGUUGGAUCCAAAAGACAGUGAGAUCCGUCAAGCAAAACACGAGUAUCACGGUAUAAUAUCACAGUGUUUUUUUUUUUAUUUUAGACGAACUGUGUAAAGUACUUACAAAGACUAGUUACGAUUACGAGUGUAAACCAAUCGACCAAUGUCCGACGGUUCUUCAAGCUAUCAAGAACUUAACGGAAUAUCCCAGGAUUUGCAGAUUCCGUGGACGAACUCCAAUCGUAUGCUGUCCGACUUAUCAAGAUUCUCUUAGUCAAAAAUCCGACGCGAGUAAGUGGAUCGAUUGUAGUUGAUCGUAUAUUAUAAUCUGAUCGAUUUUGUUGAUUAUAUAGAGUGCAGAGAAUACUAUGCGUUGACUACAAAAGGCGGCGGAACAAUCAAUUCUGGCGGUUGUCGGACGAAAAUAGUCUCAGAAAAAAGUAUUCUCACAAUCGUUGGUGGAACUGAGGCUGAAGCAAGCGAGUUCCCGCAUAUGGUAAGUACUUGAAUUAAUAAUUAAAAAAAAACCAAACACAACAUUUCAAAUACACGUCGUUCUAUAUAAAUAUACGUCGUAAAAAGUACACACAUUCCUUGGUACCUUGGUACGUUGGUAAAAUCAAUCAAACUUUCAGAUUAUUAAAAUUUAUCUUUAUUUUGAAUAGUGUGCUGUGUUUUGUUUCAACAAAUUGAAUUUAUUUCGUAAUCCCUACAAUGGUUUGAUCAAAAUACUAAAUUAUUUACAAUAUGAAUAAUAUAAUAAAUUAUUAUACUACAUAAUGUGAAUCGCACAAAAAAUAUUUUAAUUAAUAUCACUGAUUCACUGAAGGGGGGAAGUGAAGUGGCCGGUCUGAAAAUGAGAAUUUUCUAGAUGGCCUGGAUCGUAUAGCCUGGUGACUUGAUAUUUGUAUAUAAUAUUUUAUUUACUCGCAUUAUUUAAAAACUUCGUAAAAAAGUUAUGUCAAGACACAUACUAUAUUCUUAUUUCAGUACCCAUUAAGAUUUUUUGUAUACAUUUUUCUUUUAAGUGUAACAUAGUUAAUAUUUAAAACGAUAAAAUACGGUGAAAUCAUUUUUCUAAUUUUUUUGGGGAGUCGAAAGUCCCACUUCCCUUCUCUUAUUUUCGCUCAGUUCGCUCAUGUCUCAAAUAAAAAUGUAUUUACCUCCUCUCACUUCAAAAUCCUGGUUUCACCACAGUUAUAAAUUAAAACGCGAUAAAAAUGUUGUUUAUAGGGAGGUAACUAUGACUGAAAUACUGAAUUAUAGAAGAUAUAUGACAAGAAACUCGUCAUUAUAUUUUCAUAGUUUAAAGGGAAAUGCAAAUAAAAUACCAAAAUCUUUCAUCUCUGUACAUCUCUAAACUGUACACUUUAAUUCAUCGAUUGUUAUGCUUGUUGCUUGCAACAUUCGCAAUUGCGAUCAAUGUCAUAAUAGAACAGUAAAUAAUUAUAAUUAGUAAUUAAUUUUAAACAGUAUACACAGUUAAAAACUUAAAAUUUCAUUAAUAUUCAAUUAAAAACAUUAUAUUAAUGUUUAGGUGCUUUUAGGAUUUGGUGAAAACAUUAAUGAUGUUGAAUGGGCUUGUGGCGGAUCGUUGAUCAGCGAUCGCUAUAUACUGUCAGCAGCACAUUGUUCCAAAAUUAAAAAAAAGUAAUAUUUAUUGUAUACAAAUUUAAAUAAAGUGAAGAAAAAAAUUAAGUUAUUAUUAUUAUUAUAAUCAGUUAAUAUUAAAUAAUGUUAAAUUUGAAACAAUUGUUAAAAUAUAGGUACGUAAGAUUUAUUUACUUCUGUUGCGAUUUUUUACCAGGGGCCCUGUGAAAUGGGUAUUACUGGGUGACCACAAUUUGGAAAUGGACGAUCAAAAACAAGACACACAGAUUGUCGAAAUUGUUCGGAGUAUUUUACAUCCAGAUUAUAAGCCACCGUCCGUGUAUAACGACAUCGGCCUCUAUCAACUAAACGCGCCAGUCCAAUUCAAUCAAUUCAUUUUACCAAUAUGCUUGAACACGGCGGAAAUACAAUUGGACAUCGAAGAAGCCGUCGCCAUUGGCUGGGGAAGAACUGGUUCAGGUAAAUAUUUUCUUAGCGUGUUUACGGAAAACCGUUUACGGUACAUAAAAUCGGAAAUAAUCAGAAAACACAACAAAAAAGGAAACUGUAAAUAUUCGUAACUACAUUAGAUAUAUUUAAACUUAUAUUACCUAUCAACCUAUAUUACAAAAUAUUUAAAUACCUUAUUAGUGUACAUAAUAUUAUAUUUGUUUAACAUAAAUAGUUAACAUCUCAAUUAUUUUGUUGAAAUUUAAAUUAAGUAUAGUAAACGUUUCACAGUUCCCCCAUUUUUUUUUUUUUUUUCUACAAUAUUGUACUGAUCAAAUAUGUAUUGUUAAACAUUUCAGCUAGUUCAACAAGUAAAGUUUUGAUGAAAGUUUCGUUAGAUUUGGUGGAACAAAAUGAAUGCAACCGUAGUUAUUCGCUUACCAUGGGCAAAAAGUUGGCUUUUGGAAUAGAUCCGAACAGUCAGAUUUGUGCUGGAAAAAUUAACGGUGGCAAAGACACAUGUCAAGUAUACCUAUACAAAUAUACUUUAACCAUAUAUUUUAGAAAAUUUGAAUAAAACUUAGACAACAGUUAAUUAUCAAGUUUAAUAGAAUUAAUCUAAUUUCGUAGUUUUAAAUGUUUUAAUAUUAAUAUUUAAUUUAAACAGGUAGGUUACUCAAUACUCUUCCGACGAUAGAUAAACAAAAACAGUAUUUACUUCGGGAAAACAAUGUCUGCCGCCUUCCCCUUCUCCCUAAAGCAGCUAGCGGUUCACUUUUCAUGUUCACUUUUUUAUUAUCAUUAUUUUAUGUUUAUUUUUUUUCACUCUUAUGGGUUUUAAAUUGGAAAUCUACCACGUACUACAACGGUCGCAUGUAACGUUCUACUAUUCACGGCCAAGAUAUGUGUAUAAACAAAAGCCAGCAAACUCCAGUACUGUUUCGGUGUCGGGUGAUAAUACUAUAUUUACUAUUUCAUAUAGAUAUUAUUUUUAAAUGUACGUCCGUUAAAAAUUCGCAGCCUAUAAAAUAUAGAUACGUACUAUUAUAAAAAAAAAAUGUACGAUUCUUAAUGGAGCUUAAACGUUGUUAGCUAAAUUAAAAUUCAAAAUUAUAUUAACUUUAUAGUGGGUAUUUGUUGUUAUUUUUAUGAGUUUCGUUAGUUAAUCUAACAUCUAUAUAUUUUUGAUCCAAAGGAAAAAUGGCUUAAAUCGAUUUUUUUUUUAUUAUAAUUUUGUCCUCUUUUGGUCUAAUGUAAGUGUAAGUACAUUCUAACACGCGGUAUACUAUACUGAAAACUAAAAAAAUCUCAAGUGGUACACUAUAAUAUUAUGUGGUGAUUUUUAUUCGGCAAAAGACAUGCGUCGUAAUAUGAUUAUACGACUCGAUGAGCCAUCCAGAACGCCGUAAUUCGAUUAGGCCAUUUAGCCAUUUGACAUAACCCAAGUCCGGGUCUCGGGAUCCACUGACUCUCUUUUUGUGGGUCUGCGGUCGGGACCGAACACAUACUUUGCGUUACACCUAUUAUGUUCAGCGUUUUCUGUACUGCAGGGAGAUUCCGGAGGGCCACUGCAGAUCGUCCAUCCCGAGUUUGAAUGCAUGUACACGCAAGUGGGCAUUACGUCGUUCGGCAAACUCUGCGGUCAACCCAAUGCGCCUGGCGUCUACUCGAGGGUUUCGAAUUACGUGUCGUGGAUCAAUAGUAUCGUUUGGCCGUAA